AUGGAUUUUUGGUUAAAAGACGGAAUUGCCCCCGUCUCUCUCACUCUCUCUCUCCCGCGCGCGUCUCUCCCUCUCUCUGGUUUUCGCGACGGCUGGAACAGCCGGCCACGUUUUGGCCGGCCGUGCUCUCGUCCGGCCACCAAAGUCGACGGGGCCGGUACCAAAAUGACCGGGCCGCCGUCCUCUUCCUACCCCAGCCGGGUCUCACCGCCAGCCGCCGUGGUUUCGCCGGAAAACGAAGAGAAAAGCUCCGGUUUUGACAGAAAAUUCGCCGGCUUCGUUCUCCGUCGUCCGGCCGCCAUUUUUGGCGAUCAAGAUUAUCUGAUUCUCGAGUUAGGGUUCGGCCGGAUUUCGAGGAGAGAUUCCGGCCACUUCCGGUCAGAUUUUGGGGUACGUCCAAGAACAAAAGUGACUCCAAAUUAG